GACACUUCUGUGAUGUAUGAAUCUUCUGCUGUUCUGUGUGUUUACAAGGCAACUCCUCUUCUUGAACAUUCCAGCUUUUCACAGAAGUGAUUUUCCUGGUAGCCAUUUUGUUUUCGAGACUAGUAGGCUUGUACAUUAAACCAUCAAAAUGUCUGACACAGAAGAAGCCCCCUCACAUGAAGAAACUCAAGAAUUUGAGACUCGCAGAGCCCCACCUGAAAAUGAAGCUAAGCUAGCUAUGGAGGAAGCAAAGGUCAGGAAAGCUGAAAGAAUCCAACAGGAAAUCGCAGAAUUUGAAGAACAAAGAAAAGAAGAAAAAGCAAAGGAAGAGGAAGAGUUGCAACAAUUACGGGAAAGAAGGGAACAAAGAAAAAUAGAGCGAGCAGAAGAGGAAGAAAGAUUAACUAAACUUAGAAUGGAAGAAGAUGUUAGAAGAAGACAGGAAGAAAGAGAAAGACAAGCAAGAAAGUUGGAAGAAGAACAGAAAAGAAAAGAAGAGCGAGAGAGAAGAAGGAAAGAACAAGAAGAUAGAUUGAAAUUAUGCAGACGGCCAAAUUUUGUUAUCACAAAGAAAGCUGAUGGUGGAGAAGAAGAGAGAAGACGAAAGGCUGAACAGAAGGCAGAGGACUUGCAGAAAUCUAAGGAACAAUUAGAAGAGGAAAAACGUGCCAUUUUAGCUCAAAGAAUUCAGGAAUUAAAACUUGAUGGACUCAAAUCUGAUGGCUUGAUUCAAAAAGCUAAAGAACUUCACGAACACCUUCACAAAUUAAUGGGUGAACAAUAUGACUUAGAAGAUAAAUUCAAACGUCAACAAUAUGAUAUGAUAGAAUUAACUGAGAGAGCUAGAUCAAUGAACAAAGGAAGAGGCAACAGAAGUACAAUGGGAGUUAAGAUAGAUGAAUCAUUUGACAGACUUGCAGAUAAAUUUAUUAAUGCUCCACCAAAAAUACAGAUCUGUAGUAAAUAUGAAAGACAUACAGACAAUAGAAGUUACGGAGACAGAAUGCAACUGUUUGAAGAAUUUUCAAAACCCAAACCCCCACCAGAAAUCAUUAGACAUGGUAAAGGUGGUCAGACGUCAGGUGCUGAAGAUGGGGAGGAAGGAGGAGAAGAGGAGUAAAAUUAAUUGUCAUGUCCAUGACCUCAGCCUAGGGUCAAAGAUAUAUUCAUUUCCUAUAGAUUCCUUGGAACGGCUAAUAAAGACAGAAUUGGGGAUAAAGACAAUUUGAUAUGAAUUUAUAAUCUUUUUCUAGCAUUGAAUAUUUAUUGCAAACUUCUAUUUAUUUAUUUAUAUGACACUGUAGUUGUUACAAGUAAGCAUUAAAAUUCAUUGCUAGAGUUUCGUUAAUUUUCAGUAUUUAUUAAAAAUGAUAUCCUUUUAAAGGAAUUAAUUUAUUUAAUCUAAUGUAUUUAAUUAGAAGAACUCUUGCCCUAGGCACUUUCUUGUAAAUAGCUUGUCAAUAUUCUUUUUUAUUAUUUCCUAAUUUAAAAUAAAUUUGUUAAAUUUGAAAUUUUGUGCAAUAGACAAUUUAUAACGUUUCUUAUCUAUUUUCUUUUCAACAGAGAAAUGUUAUAAAAUGAAGUCCAUUAUACCAAUUGUGAUCAUUUUUGUCAUCGUAAAUGUGUGUUUUGGCAGGCCUGUCGCAACACCUAUUUCAAUGUCCUUAUUUUGUGUGAUACAUCUUGGAUAGUCUUAUGUUAGAGAAAUAUUCAUAAUAAAAAGCUUUGACUAUCCUUGA